CUUGGGUCAUGAAACUUAAUCCACAACAAGCUCCAUUAUACGGUGAUUGUGUUCUUACUGUACUGCUUGCUGAAGAGGACAAAGUGGAAGAUGAUGUGGUUUUUUACUUAGUAUUUUCAGGCUCCACCCUUCAUCAUUGUGCAAGUACUCGGAAAGUCAGUUCUGACACACUGGAAACCAUUGCUCCUGGUCAUGACUGCUGUGAGACAGUGAAGGUGCAGCUCUGUGCUUCCAAGGAGGGCCUUCCUGCAUUUGUGGUGGCUGAGGAAGACUUCCGUUUUGUGCAGGAUGAGGCAUAUGAUGCAGCUCAGUUCCUGGCAACCAGUGCUGGAAACCAACAAGCUCUGAACUUCACUCGUUUCCUUGACCAUUCAGGACCACCAUCUAAGGAUGUGAAUUCCCUUGAUGAGAAGGUUUCACUGGCUUUCAGACACCUGAAGCUGCCAGCAGAGUGGAAUGUUUUGGGGACAGAUCAGACUUUGCAUGAUGGUGGUCCCCGGGAGACAUUGAUGCAUUUUGCUGUGCGGCUGGGACUGCUGCGGUUGACCUGGUUCCUAUUACAGAAACCUGGUGGCCGUGGAGCUCUGAGCGUCCACAACCAGGAAGGGGCUACACCUGUGAGCUUGGCUUUGGAGCGAGGUUAUCACAAACUGCAUCAGCUUCUAACUGAGGAGAAUGCUGGGGAACCAGACUCCUGGAGUAGUUUAUCCUAUGAAAUGUCUUAUGGAGACUGUUCUGUGAGGCAUCAUCGGGAGCUGGACAUCUAUACUUUGACCUCUGAGUCAGAAUCCAACUGUGAACCCCCAUCUCCUGGAGACGGUUGCUCUGGACAUAUUUUAAAACUUAAGAACAUUCAACAGCAAUUAAUGAAAACAAACCUCAGGCAAAUGGACAGUCUUAUGCCCACCAUGGUGACAGCACAGGAUCCUUCCAGUCUGCCCAGUGCCCCAGAGACUGAUGGCCAGAUCCCUUCCUGUGCACCAGCGCUCUCAGACAACCAGCAGCUUUCUUCUACUCUUGAAGAGACUGAGACUGGCCUGUGCUGCCAAGGGAGCCCUGUUGGACAGAUUGUAAGUUCCUGUGACUUAUCACAGGUGAUUGAGAAAGAGAAUACAAACUGUUCUUAUAGGAAGAAAAAUAAACGUGUGCAGAGAAAGAGGGAGGAGGAGCCCGCACCUAUUGUGGACUCAGGAGCUGUGUGUAAUCAAGACACCUGCCUUCAUAGCAUGCCUGACUCUGCAGUAAAAGGCAUAGAAGGCCUUUUAUCCUGUGGAAACAGAAAUGAAGAAACUGGAACAAUGUCUGCUGGAAUGAGCACAGGCCAGGAGACUGUGUGUAACACAGAGCGUUUACUGCAGGGGAACAUGGUCAUGGAGCUGGGCAGAGCCCAGCAUUCCUCUGGAGGUAAAUUGGCAGGCAGUUCAGCUGAUGUCAGCGCCUCAGAGAAUUCUCCCACCAUCCAGAGCAGUGUGCGUGAAGCAGGGGAAAGUACGAUGGGAAGAUUUGAGAACUCUAAUAUUAGCACAGCUGAAGCCACGAACAUACAAGUCAUCAGUGAGCCUGUGGAUAAAGCCAGUGUUCAAAGCUGUGCCUCUGCCACCAGUGCCCUGGGAGGCAACAAACCUAAUAAUUCAUCAUUUGAAUUAAGUUUUGGAGAAAUCCCUGGUGAAAAAACAGCAGAAACAGAAACUUUGAGAAGUUGUGAGGAACGUGCUGAAACUCUCAGAGAUCAGGUAAUUCCAGCUGCUGUAAAAGACAAGAUUUCAGAUGGAUUAAUACUGGAUGUUCCUCUAGCAGGCUUUUGUGAGGCAGUAUCACUCUCUGAGUUAACCUUUUCUGAACUAGAAAAAAAUGUACUGCCAAACCAGAAAUCAGAAAAGAACUCAUCUCCUAUUGAAAGCCAAAACAACAAAUCACUGGUUUGUUCUGUAACUGGAGAUGAUAAACUUUGUGCUGACUCUGCAUGUCAACAGAACACAGUGACUUCUAGUGGUGAGUUGGUUGCAGAACAUUGCAGUGACAUAGUUGACCAGCCUGGAAUCACCACAGCAGGGAAGCCCAACAUACAAGACCUGCCCUCUGCUGUCUGCCAGGAGGACACACAAGUAAAUACAGUCCUUUCUUACCCUUUAAGAGAUAUCCAAGAACAUGUGUAUUUUUGUCGUCUUGAAGCUUUGGAUAAAAAGGGCCAAGGAAAAGAUCUGAAACUAGAUACACCUUUAACAACAGUGCUUGAGGCAGCUGUACAUCUGCAUCCACUUGUCCCUAAAACUGAAAAAGAAUUGAGGGCAAACCAGGCAGUACCAUCAGGCAACACUUUCUCUCUGGCAGGCAGUCCAGGCAGUGAAUCAGUAACCAAAGAUGACGCACUUUCUCUUAUCCCCUCCCACAAAGAAAAGGGAACAGCAACCCCGGAACUACAUAGGCCUGCAGUGUGUAGAGGUGGCUCAGCUGGAGGAGAUUCGGAUCAUCAUGAUAAACAGCUUCCAGAAGACAGCACUGUAGGUCUGUCCAUAUCCUCUGCUGCUACAGAUCUUCAGCCCAACAUGGGGAAUACCAGUCCUGGAAGACUAGCUGGGGAGCGCGAGAGCCCUGGCUCCUCAGCACCCUCUGAAGUUCUGACUGACUGUUCCCUGCUAAGUACGGAUAAGGCCUCUUUGGCCUCUGACUCAGUUUUGACAGAAGAAGGAAAAAAUCUGGCAGUUCCCAAAAGCUCUGCAACUCAGGAACAAGAUGACAAGGAGAAAUCAGUGACUUACUCCUCCAUUAAGGAAGACAUACUUCUUUCAGGAAUUUUGGUGGAAGUGCAGAGAAAACCAUCUCCUGGACAAGAGGCACCAAUAUUCUGUGAAAAGACUGUUUCAGCUAUUUGUACAGAGGACAGAGCACUUCAGCACAGUAAUUCACUGGUCACACCCUCUGCCUGUCUUAAGGCAGAAACUGAUCAUAACAAGGAAGUGGCCCCAGAGGUCUCUGUGCUGACAGAAGAUGGGGCCACACAGAUCCUGGUACCACCAGGAGCAAGUCUGGCUGAAAACUUCAGCCAGGCAGCCUUGAGUGCAGAGCAGAACAGCUUACCUCUCUUGCCACCUGUGUUGCCAGAUGUGUCUGAGGGACUUAACAGUGGUCAGCCUUUUGUUCUGGAUGUUGAAGUAAAGGACACUGAAUCCCAGAGGAAAACCACUGCCUGUGAAGUGAGUGAAAAUGUGGCGCUGGAUAUUCCAGAGGUAAAUUCCCUACAAAGCCCUGCUGGCCCCAGAAAAAAGGAUAUACCACACAACACCCAAGACAUCUCAAUUUCAGAAAUUUUGUUGAACCAGGAGAAGGAUAUAAUAACCCUGAUUCUGCCAAGAGCUUUAUCAGACAAAGGUGUGAGUGACCCACAGGGAGCUACAACCCCAGCAACAGUACCUCUUGAUUGCAAGAAAGAGAAUCUAGAGGGAGCAGACCACAACUUUAUCACAGGUGACUCUGAGGAGGUACAAAAGGAUGAUGAAGCACUGGAGCCUCUUGCCAUGGUGCUCCCCAGAGAGACAGGGCUCUCAACUUUUGAUGACAAGACCUCAGCUAGUAGGAGGGAAGUCACACAGGCGUCAGCCUCAGACAUAUCAAGGAGUGCUUCCUCUCUGCCUUGUGUGGUCUCGGCCCAAGCUACGCAUGUGCAGGGAGCAGACUUAGAGGAGGCUGCUAGUCGUAUAGUGAAAGCUGUCAUUGAACAAGUCAAGAGCUCGGGAGCACUGAUUACUGAUGGAGAAAUCAGUCACAUAUCACUGUCCAGUACUGAGUCAGGCCCUGUGACUGAAAUACCAGAGAAGGCUUCUACAGAGGAAAUAUGUGCUUUCCUGCCUGGGAAGACCCUGCAAAAGGAUAGUAUUUGUGAAGAAGCCACAGGGAGCCUCACAGGAGGCUUUGUUGGAAGGGUGGAGCCAGAGAAGAUCAUUCUGCCUGUUCAGGGGCUGGAGCCAGCAACAGAAAUGCCAGACACAAAAGCUGAUGAUGAAAUGGAUUUUCUGAGUAAGACCAGAUCAAGUUCAAACUUUGACCAGGUGGCUGUAGGGAAUGGAGCUACUACCCCUAAGAUGAAACAAGGCCCAAAAACCCAGCCCAUAAACCGUGAAAGCUGGUGUACAUUAGAGCCAUGCCCAGCUGCACCAUCUCUUUUGACCUCCAAGCAGAACCUGGAAUGUGAGAACUUGUUGGAUGUUGGACUGGGCAAAGAGUGUGCCUCAAAACAAAGUGUACUUCAGAGAGAAUCUGGGAGUGAUUCUGACCUCUUUCAUUCACCCAAUGAUGACAUGGACAGCAUCAUCUUCUCAAAGCCUGAGGUCUGUGAUAUCAUGGGAUCCAGUUCUUCUACAGAUGACACAGCUUCCCUGGAUCAACAUUCUUCUCAUGGAAGUGAUGUGUCCCUCCCUCAAAUUUCAAAGUUAAACCGGUCCAGAGAUCGGCAAAGCCCUGAUGGCUUCUACAGCCAUGGAGUGGAAGCUGAGGGCCAAGAAACUGAGAGUGAGCCUGCUGGCUCUGGUGAGGUUGAAGAGGAGGAGGAGAUGGACAGCAUCACAGAAGUGCCUGCAAACUGCUCUUUUCGGAGGAGCUCCAUGCGCUCACUCUCCCCUUUCCGGAGGCACAGCUGGGGUCCUGGAAAGAAUGCAGCCAGUGAUGCAGAAAUGAACCACCGGAGUUCAAUUCGAGUUCUUGGGGAUGUUGUCAGGAGGCCUCCCAUUCAUAGGAGAAGUAUGAGCUGGUGUCCCUCUGGUGUGCAAUACUCUGCUGCCUUGAGUGCUGACUUUAAUUACAGAAGUUUCAGUUUGGAAGGCUUAACAGGAGCAACAGGCAUUGGAAAUAAGCCGUCCUCAUCUCUAGAAGUUAAUUCUGCAAACUCCAAAGGGCUCAGACACCCUUUCAGUGGGGAGCAGCGGGGUGACUCUUUGAUGUCACUUUCAGAAGAGGAUCUAGAGUCACACCAGAGAGAACAUAGGAUGUUUGAUCAGCAGACAUGUCACAGAUCUAAACAACAGGGAUUUAAUUACUGUACAUCAGCCAUUUCUUCUCCAUUGACAAAAUCCAUCUCAUUAAUGACAAUCAGCCAUCCUGGAUUAGACAAUUCACGACUCUUCCACAACACCAGUGCUAAUCUGACUGAAAGUAUAACAGAAGAGAACUAUAAUUUCCUGCCGCAAAGCCCCUCCAAGAAAGAUUUUGAAGGGAAGAGUGGAACAAAAGUCAGUCGUACUUUCAGCUACAUCAGAAAUAAAAUGUCCAGUAGUAAGAAGAGCAAAGAAAAAGAGAAAGAGAAAGAGAAAAUUAAGGAGAAGGAGAAAGAUUCUAAAGAGAAGGAGAAGGACAAGAAGGUUGUCAAUGGGCAUUCUUUCAAUUCCAUUCCUGUUGUGGGUCCCAUCAGUUGUACCCAUUGUAUGAAGCCUUUCACCAACAAAGACGCCUACACUUGUGCAAAUUGCAGUGCUUUUGUCCACAAAGGCUGCAGAGAAAGUCUAGCCUCCUGUGCAAAGGUCAAAAUGAAGCAGCCCAAAGGGAACUUCCAGGCACAGGAUACAUCAUCACUGCCUGUCAUCAUGAGAAACAAGUCCUCACAGCCCAAGGAGCGCCCCCGAUCUGCAGUCCUCCUUGCUGAAGAAACCAUGGUCCCUCCAGCGUUCCCUAGCAGACGGUCCCAGCAGAGUGUCUCACUCUCCAAAAGUGUCUCCAUACAGAACAUCACCGGAGUUGGCAAUGAGGAGAACAUGUCAAACACCUGGAAAUUCCUGUCUCACUCAACAGACUCACUAAAUAAAAUCAGCAAGGUCAAUGAGUCAACAGAAUCCCUUACUGAUGAGGGAGUAGGUACAGACAUGAAUGAAGGACAGCUAAUGGGAGACUUUGAGAUUGAUUCCAGACAGCUAGAAGCAGAGUCCUGGAGUCGGGUGGUGGACAGCAAAUUUCUGAAACAGCAAAAGAAAGAUGUGGUCAAACGACAAGAAGUAAUUUAUGAGUUGAUGCAGACAGAGUUUCAUCACCUCCGCACGCUCAAGAUCAUGAGCGAUGUGUACAGCCGAGGGAUGAUGACAGAGCUCCUCUUUGAGCAGCAGAUGGUGGAAAAACUGUUCCCCUGUUUGGAUGAGCUGAUCAGUAUUCAUAGCCAGUUCUUUCAGAGAAUCUUGGAGCGGAAGAAGGAAUCUCUAGUGGAUAAAAGUGAAAAGAACUUCCUUAUCAAGAGGAUAGGAGAUGUGCUUGUAAAUCAGUUUUUGGGUGAGAAUGCAGAACGCUUAAAGAAGACAUAUGGCAAGUUUUGUGGGCAACACAACCAGUCUGUAAACUACUUCAAAGACCUUUAUACAAAGGAUAAGCGUUUUCAGGCCUUUGUAAAGAAGAAGAUGAGCAGUUCAGUGGUAAGGAGGCUUGGAAUUCCAGAAUGCAUAUUACUUGUAACCCAGAGGAUCACCAAGUACCCAGUUUUAUUCCAGCGAAUACUGCAGUGUACCAAAGACAAUGAAGUGGAGCAGGAAGACCUGGCUCAGUCCUUGAGCCUGGUGAAGGAUGUCAUUGGAGCGGUGGACAGCAAAGUGGCAAGUUACGAAAAGAAAGUACGACUCAAUGAGAUUUAUACAAAGACAGAUAGCAAGUCGAUCAUGAGGAUGAAGAGUGGUCAGAUGUUUGCCAAGGAGGAUUUGAAGCGGAAGAAGCUGGUGCGCGAUGGUAGUGUGUUUCUGAAGAGUGCAGCAGGAAGGCUGAAAGAGGUUCAGGCAGUUCUGCUCACUGACAUUUUAGUUUUCCUUCAAGAAAAAGACCAGAAAUACAUCUUUGCAUCACUGGACCAGAAAUCAACAGUGAUCUCUUUAAAAAAGCUGAUCGUAAGAGAAGUGGCACAUGAGGAGAAAGGUCUGUUCCUAAUCAGUAUGGGGGUAAAAGACCCAGAGAUGGUGGAGGUCCAUGCCAGCUCCAAAGAAGAGCGGAACAGCUGGAUUCACAUCAUUCAGGAUACAAUCAACACUCUGAACAGAGAUGAAGAUGAGGGAAUUCCCAGUGAGAAUGAGGAAGAAAAAAAGAUGUUGGACACCAAAACUCGGGAGCUAAAAGAACAACUUCAACAGAAGGACCAGCAGAUCCUCCUCUUACUGGAAGAGAAGGAGAUGAUUUUCCGGGAUAUGACUGAGUGCACCACUCCCUUGCCGGAUGAUUGCUCCCCAACUCAAAGCCCUAGAACUCUGUUCCGCUCCAACACAGAGGAGGCUCUCAAAGGAGGGCCUUUAAUGAAGAGUGCAAUAAAUGAGGUGGAGCUCCUUCAAGGUCUGCUGAGUGGAGGCCUGGGAGGCACAACACUUGCACAGGCUGUUGGCGGCACUGUGGAGCAAGAAGCCAUGGUUGGCCCUGUUUCCUUGCCCCGGAGAGCAGAGACCUUUGGGGGAUUUGAUAGCCAUCAGAUGAACAUGUCUAAAGGAGCUGAGAAGGAAGAAGGAGAUGAUGGCCAAGAUCUUAGGAGAACAGAAUCAGAUAGUGGUCUUAAAAAGGGUGGAAAUGCUAACCUAGUAUUUAUGCUUAAAAGAAACAGUGAGCAAGUUGUCAGGAGCAUUGUUCAUCUGCACGAACUCCUCAGCACCCUGCAGGGUGUGGUGUUGCAGCAGGACAGCUACAUUGAGGACCGGAAGCUGGUGCUGAACGAGAGGGUGCUCACUCGGAGCACAUCCCGCCCCAGCUCCCUCAUCGAGCAGGAGAAGCAGCGCAGCCUGGAGAAGCAGCGCCAGGACCUGGCCAACCUGCAGAAGCAGCAGGUGCAGCACCUGGAGGAGAAGCGCCGGCGAGAGCGUGAGUGGGAGGCCCGGGAGAGGGAGCUUCGUGAGCGGGAAGCACGGCUGGCUGAGCGUGAGGAGAAGGUGCAGCGCGGGCAGCAGGAGCUGGACAGGGACUCCGCGGAGCUCCAGCAGAAGAAGGGCGUGUACCAGUGUGACCUGGAGCGGCUGCGCACGGCCCAAAAGCAGCUAGAGCGGGAGCAGGAGCAGCUGCGGAGGGACAUGGAGCGGUUCAGCCAGAGACAGACGGACAGGGACCUGUGUCAGGUAUCACAACAACACACCAAGCUCAUGAGGAUCCCGUCGUUCCUUCCCAGUCCUGAGGAGUCAUCCUUGCCAUCUGUACCUUCAGUGACCAAGUCAGGGUCAUUGGACUCAGAACUUUCAGUGUCCCCGAAGAGGAAUAGCAUCUCUCGGACACACAAAGAUAAGGGGCCUUUUCACAUACUGAGUUCAACUAACCAGGCAAACAAAGUACCAGAGGGGCAGAGCCAGGCCCUGCUGGGCACCUCCACCUCCACCCGCCUGUUUGGGUUGACUAAGCCAAAGGAAAAGAAGGAGAAGGAGAAGAAGAAGAACAAAAAGGGAAGCCGUGCUCAGCCCGGUGACGGCCUUACAUCAGAAGCAUCAGCAGAGGGCGAAGAGAUCUUCUGCUGACCCUCUUCCUCCAAACCUGGCUGCAGUGCCUGCCUGCCUGCCUCUCCUCCUGCCCCUCAUGCACAAGUAUCCACACUGGACGUCCACUGCUCCCCAGCAUUCAGUCUUCCUGGGCGCCCCAGGUCCUGCACAAGAAGAGCAGAUUGUCUUGAGUGUUAGGGUAGGAGGAAGACCAGACUCCACUCCAGCGGUGAUCUGUGGCUGCCCAGAAUGUUACCCUGAAAGUCCAGAAGUACAGGCAUAGUUGGGGAUAUGUCAGGAAUCCCGAAGGGCCUGCCUCUUGUGCGGGGAACACAACAGUCUUAAACAACAGCUAGGAAGGGCUAUAUCUGUGCACGUGUUCAGUGACCCAGCUUAGCUCAGCCCAGAGGCAGUGCCAGAGAGCCACAGGAUGGCAGACCCUUAGCUUUGCCCCACAGCCUAUGGAGAAAGGGUCCCUAUAAACCACUCUAUGCAUGUCUCACCCCUUUCCUUAUUUUAUUUUUGAAGGGGUGACAUCUGUGAAACCAGUGGUAAGAAUCUUGAUGUGGAUGAAACAUACAAGCUAUAUCACCUUGAUCUUGGUUUUGUGGAUUUACCUUACAAAAUAGUAUUUUCUCAUCAAAUUCAGAAGAAACAUUCUGACUGUCCAAAAUAUUUGCCUACAGGUUCUAGGCACAGAGGGAGUAGAGAGGCAUCUCAUCCAUAUCCCUGGAGUGUGACACUUUUUGGUUGUCACCACUCAGAAGAGCCCUCCUGGGGCUCCACUGGGGCAGCUGCUGCUACUGUGCCUGUGCCUCCAUGUGGGAGAGAAUGAUGUGCCCUUCUGGCACCCACCCUGCACAGCUGCCAACCUCACCCAAGACCCAGCCAUGGCCUCAGCAAGGUCCCCUCAGGACCUCUGGCCGAGCAGUGGGUUCAGGUGUAGGGUAAGCCUUGUGUAGCGGUGGAGGGAGGAACUGGCCCACAGCAGGGGACAUGCUCAUUCUGCAUCAGGCCUCCCUCAACAAAACGCAGUUCCCUGAAAAACUGUUUAAAUCCAAAGUCCUUUGAUUAUGAAUUAUGCUGUACCAUGAAGUUCUCACAGAAGCUGCCUGGUUUUUCUUCUCCCUUUCUCACUGUUUUGAUCUGUGUUUGCUUGAGGCUUUAGCCGCUGUUAUGUGCAGGACAGCUCUUUGGUAAGGGUUCCGUCUGAAACUCCCUGUGCUGCCACUUGGCCUCCUGGUGGAGGAGACCUGGAAAUUCUGUGCUUCACAGGUGCCCUUCAAAACCAUGAGGCUUUGAACAUUUCUUUUUAAAGACAAAAAUCUGUAACUUGGUGCUUGUUGAAUUGCAAGCUGGCCUUGCAGAUGGAGAUAUUUAUCUUUCACUUUAUUUGAAAGAGAUCUGGUUUAAAUUUUUAGCUAAAUUUGUUUUAUUUAUUUUUGUGUGUGUUUGUGUUGUUUUUUUAGGGUGAACUGGUUCUAGUCCAGCAGUUUAAACUAGCUGAUCAGUGCAAGAGAGUGCAGCAGCAGCCAGCACUGCUCACUCCUGUCUUCCAAGUGCCUUGAGAUCCAGGUGGAACCUGGGGUUGGGGCUGCGGAAGGGUCUGUGGCCUUCUCUCCCCCACUCCCACUCACUUUACCAAGGGAUGUCUCCUUUCUUGAGGGGCGGGAAACAUGCCACCUAUGAACCACCUUGGCCUGUUUUUGUCAUAAGAACUCUUCACCCUUCAGAUCAUAGACUUUAGGCCUAAUCCAGCUGAUUUUUUUUUUUUUUUUUUUUUUUU